UUUAUUCACCCGUACGGAGCCACUCCCCAUUCUUAUGCAACAAUCACUCGCUCUCUCUCAAAAUAGAACUAAAGAUCAUCAUGGGUGAGAAGUCGCCGGAAGAGGAGCACCCGGUAAAGACCUUCGGAUGGGCGGCCAGAGACCCGUCUGGUAUUCUCUCCCCAUUCAAAUUCUCAAGAAGGGCAACAGGAGAAGAGGAUGUAAGAUUUAAGGUGCUGUAUUGCGGGAUUUGUCACUCCGAUCUCCACAACAUCAAGAAUGAAUGGGGUUUCUCAACCUACCCCCUCGUACCUGGGCACGAGAUUGUGGGAGAGGUGACAGAGGUGGGGAGCAAGGUCACAAAAUUCAGAGUCGGCGACAAGGUGGGAGUGGGCUGCAUGGUAGGCUCUUGCAGAUCUUGUGAGAACUGUUGCUGUGACCUGGAGAACUACUGUCCUAAAAUUAUACUAACCUACGGUGCUACUUACAAUGACGGAACCACCACGUAUGGCGGCUACACCAAUGAGAUGGUAGUGAACGAGCACUUCGCCGUCCAGAUUCCUGAGAAGCUGCCGCUUGAUGGUGGUGCUCCCCUGCUUUGUGCCGGAAUCACAGUUUACAGUCCCCUGAAAUAUUAUGGUCUCACCAAGCCGGGCACGCACUUGGGAGUGGUGGGCCUCGGAGGGCUUGGCCAUGUUUGUGUCAAAUUUGCCAAGGCUUUCGGGGUGAAAGUGACGGUGAUCAGUACAUCCCCGAGGAAAAAGGAGGAGGCGAUGGAACAUCUUGGUGCCGAUUCGUUCUUGAUCAGCACUGACGCAGACCAAAUGCAGGGUGCCAUGGGCACACUGGAUGGGAUCGUUGACACAAUCUCUGCCGUUCACCCCAUCAUGCCUUGGAUUGCUCUGCUGAAGACAAAUGGAAAGCUUGUUAUGAUUGGAGCACGAGGCAAGCCAUUAGAGUUGCCUGUUUUUCCUCUGCUCAUAGGAAGGAAAAUGAUAGGGGGCAGCGGCAUUGGGGGAAUGAAGGAGACUCAAGAGAUGAUCAAUUUUGCAGCGGAGCACAACAUCACAGCUGACAUUGAGGUUAUUCCGAUGGAUUAUGUGAACACUGCGAUGGAGCGUCUCGUGAAGGGCGAUGUCAGAUACCGAUUUGUUAUCGAUGUGGGAAACACAUUGCGUGCAGCCUAGUCUGGAACUACGACUGGCUGCUUAAUUUCUCCAAAAAAGUUUUUGUAAUUUCGACUUGCAGGGAACUGAAGGAACGCGGUGUUUUUAUUUCAUGCUUGUUCAUCUCUAAAACAUAUAUAGUCUCUGGACUACAUAUUGUAUGAAUAAGAACUGGCUUCUUCUCUGUGA